CUACGGAAGCCGGCAGAGGAGGGUUACGACACAGGAAGAGCUCGUCCGGAGACAAGCGUGACCAUUUUAUUGUUUUUAAAAAAAGGGAAACUAUUAUAUGAGUGACCGCAGUGGGCUUUUAUGACAACUUCACAGCUGACAGCAACUACCUGCAUUGAGUUUCGUGUUAAGGAGAAGCUUCCGUAACGUCGCUCCGUCACCAAGGUCAAGCAGCAGUGGAUGUGUGCAGCUCAGCCUUCAGCACAUGUGCUUGUUGUACAACCUGAACAAGGCUGAGACAUGGCUGGACUUGUAAACUUUGAGGACGAGAAUGAAGUGAAGCAGUUUUUGGAUAAUUUAGGAGUGGAGUACAGCUUCCAGUGCUACAAAGAGAAGGAUCCUGAAGGGUGCCAAAGGCUCGCCGACUACUUGGAAGGCGUCAAGAAACACUAUGAAUCUACAGCACAAGUGCUCAAACACAACUGUGAGACAUAUGGACACGGAGAGAGCUGCUACAAACUGGGAGCUUAUCAUGUCACAGGAAAAGGUGGAGUCGCUGAGUGUCUGAAAACGGCCUACUCCUGCUUUAUGCGCUCCUGCAACGCUGGAGGAAAGAAGUCUGUAGACGCCUGCCAUAAUGUUGGCCUGUUAGCGCACGAUGGACGAGCUCUAGACGGACAACCCGACCUGACGGCGGCUCGGCAGUACUAUGAGAAGGCCUGUGCCGGAGGCUUCGCUCCCUCCUGCUUUAACCUCAGCGCUAUGUUCAUUGAGGGCAAUGCCAAAGGUCUGGCACCAGAUAUGACUCUCGCCCUGAAGUACGCUGACAGGGCCUGUGAGCUGGGACACGUGUGGGGCUGCGCCAAUGCAAGCCGGAUGUACAAACUCGGGGACGGGACAGAGAAGAACGAGAAGAAGGCAGAGGAGCUGAAGAAUCGAGCGAGAGAGCUGCACGGUAUGGUGAAGGAAAAGCAGCUCAAGUUUGGGGAAUGAUCAUGGAACACUUGAUUAAAUUAUCAUUGUUUUGGUGUAUCUACACAUGUGGUGCUGAGUCAGAUUGUUUGCUGAAAAGAAAAAAAGCCCUCAUGGGGUUCAAAGGUUGGAAAUGAUGUGUUAGUUUUUAAAAAAAGAUUGUAAAAAUCUUUUCUUGAUGUACAGUGUGUAGAUGGUCACAUUCAGGGAGCUGUGUUAAUUUUUAUCAGUACGUUUAAGCCAUAUGUAUACAAAAAAUGUAAAAAAAAUAAAAAAUACAUCUUGAUCUCA